CCAUUAUAAAUUGGUAGCUUCUUUGAUCCAUAUUCUUGCUAUCGAGUGUUGAAAGCAAUUAAUUGUAAAUUAAUCAUAAGUCAUUAUGGCCAAAAUCGCGUUAGGAACUGCCGGAGAAGCCACUCAACCUGAUUGCAUCCAGGCUCUCAUCGUUGAAUUCAUUGCCACCUUUCUCUUUGUCUUUGCUGGUGUUGGUUCUGCAAUCACUGCCGAUAAACUCAGUGGAGAUGCGUUGGUGGGAUUGUUUUUUGUGGCUAUAACACAUGCUCUUGUGGUGGCUGUCAUGAUUUCUGCCGCUCACAUUUCCGGUGGCCAUUUGAAUCCCGCCGUGACAUUAGGCCUCCUUGUCGGCGGCCAUAUCACCGCUGUCCGUUCGGUUUUAUAUUGGAUUGAUCAAUUGAUUGCAUCUGCAGCAGCUUGUUAUCUUCUUCAUUACCUAACCGGUGGAAUGACAACUCCAGCUCAUACACUUGCAAGUGGAAUAGGGUACACACAAGGAGUAGUUUGGGAGAUUGUGUUGACAUUCUCUUUGUUGUUCACUGUCUAUGCAACUAUGGUUGAUCCUAAGAAGGGAGCACUUGCUGGGCUUGGACCAACUUUGGUUGGGUUUGUGGUAGGGGCUAAUAUCUUGGCUGGUGGGGCAUUUUCAGCUGGUUCAAUGAACCCAGCAAGAUCUUUUGGGCCUGCUUUGGUUAGUGGAAACUGGACUGAUCAUUGGGUUUAUUGGGUUGGGCCACUUAUUGGUGGUGGGCUUGCGGGUUUUGUUUACGAGAAUUUCUUUAUUAAUAGAGAUCAUGUUCCUCUUGUUGAUGAAGAAAACUACUAAGUGUUAAGAUUAAGAUUAGGGUUUUUGUUGGGAACUUGCAUAAAAUUUGUGGUAUUGUGGUGUAAUAUGGACAUAAAUGUAUGGGGUUGUGCUUUAAUAAGCCAAUCAGUGGCAUUAUUUGUAUGUAACUUGCAAUUUACAUUAAUGGCCUAAUGGAUUGUGUUCCCCAUUGAUAUUGAUAAGUAAAUUGGGAGAAUCAAAGGCUAUUGUUGUGAGGGAUUUGACACUCUUGUACCUUAACUAUUAACUAAUGUUGUUCGUGUGUUUGAUCAUUAUAAAUAGAGUCGCAGUCUAAAAGAUCACUUUAUCUCAC